CUGCGACCGGAAGUUAAUUCACACUGUUUGGAAGGGUUUUCUUGUUUAUGGUCUUGUGUUUAACGUAAUUUUUAAGGAAAAUUAGCCAACUGUUUCAUAUCCGAGUUUAGAUGCAUAUUUCGGCCAGGAAAGGAAUUUAUUUGUAAACUAAUUUACAAUGGAAAAAUUGGAGUUUUUGAAUGGCUUUUUCACAGAGCGUUUAAUUGCAGCAGCCGAUGAGAUAUUUCAGGUAGUUAAAGACACGAUUUCUGAAUAUCAAGAAGAAAUAGAGCGAGCAAAACAAGAGAAUCGCUACCUGAGGGACAUGCUGGUGAGAAUCAACAGCAGUGGAGAAGAACGGAGAGAUAUACAGCCCUGUCAUGCAGAUGAGAGCCAACCCACCCAAGAGCUACCAGACUCCGAGCCCAUGAUACAAGUGAAGUUGGAGCUUUGCACAGUACAGCAGGAACUGGAACCACAACAGCCACUAACUGUUGCACCAAGCACAACUACUCACAUGGACACAGCCCUCAACCAAGAACCACUUCCCUGUCUCCCCUUUAAGUCUAUGCAUACAGAGGAGAAAGAGUGCACAGGUCUGCAUGGGGAUCCGGUCCCUGUUAAAGCCGAGCUGUGUGACUCCCAAGCCACCUGCACAGAAAACUCUGAUUCAUCCGCAGCACAGAAGGAACAAGAAAGCACCGAAUACUUUGAAGUUGAUGAGGGUGACCUGAGCUCAGGUUACAGACUUCUUAAUGCCUUACCUGAUCGUCCAUCACAGACUCAAAAUGACAUUGCGGACAGUCUGUUUUACUGUAAGGUUUGUAACAAACCUUUCAAAACGUACUUAUGGCUGGAGAAACAUAUGGCGAGUCACAAAAAUGAGGAAAGACACGUCUGUGGAGUUUGCGGCAAGCGUUUCAAACUUGCCCAGACGCUUGAGAGUCACAUAAACAAUCAUACGAGGGAGAGGCCAUAUUGCUGCCGAUUCUGUGGGAAAGGUUUUGGUCAGAAAAGUCACGUGAAGGACCAUGAGAGAAUUCACACAGGGGAGAAGCCCUUCAUUUGCUCAAUAUGUCAGAAAGGUUUCGUGCAAAGGAGUCAGCUAAUGACCCACAUUCACACGCACUCUUACUUGAUGAAAGACUUGUCAGAGGUAAAACAGUGGAAACGGCGAAAAUAAGAGCUGCCUGUAUUGAAGGGGAAUUCAAACCAAUUUUGUUCACAGUUUCUGCAAAAUUCAGUAUGUUGUAUCAGGAUGUUAACAAAGUCAUCUGUUGAUGUGAAAUGCUCCGUUGCAGACCAGAAGCUCUUAAUUCAUCCAAACGUUACCUCAUUUGUUACAUGAAAAGGUUACGACCACACUGUUGAUGCCUGAGACAUUAGAUAACGGUAGUGUUGAGUUUUAAGGUUAAUAAUCCUCAAAGAAACCUUACUUUUACAGAUUUACCUCUGUUUUACCAUCAAUAACAUUACAUAUAAAAGCUCAGAAGACAUGUAGGUUCACUGGUUGUUUUGUAUAGGUAAUAAACUGGCUAUAUUUGCUUUGUAGACAUUGUGACCAAUGGUUUCUUUCACCAUCACUGUAAAGAAAUCAGUCUGUAAGUUCCUCUAUAAAGAACCACUUCAUACCAAACCACCCCGAAUGACUUUCUUACUUCUGAACAGCUGAAUUAUGCAGAAAUGUAAAAAAAAUGAGAGAAGUUCCUCUUUAAAAGCCUGUCUGCGGUGUUCCACUGCAUUUCUUUCCAUUUGAAGUGAUGUUUCUCCUUUCGGGCCUCUAUUUCUUUGAACAGUCUGUACUGAAACUGUUCUGGAAAGUCUUUAGUAAACACAAGGUUUUCUCCCCAACUCUUAAGUUUUUUUUUGUUUUGUUUUGUGUAAUGAUGCCUCUUGCCAAAUCAUUUAUAUUAUUAAAUGUGAAAAUGAAAGAGUUUGAUUCUCUUCAGGUUUCAUUGCAUAAAGAAGUGACUACUUGUUGUAGGGAAUUUAAUCAUAUAAGCCCUAUUGGAGCUGGAUUAGUUUUACCUGAAGAGGUGCUGCAAGUUGACUGAUUACUGACAAGUGAUUUUAAUCCAGAACAAAUCUGCCACGUCUGUAGCUUUUACAAGCCUGCGAGGUAAUAAUUCUGGAGUGACCUAAUUAUAAUUCACUUAAUUCAGAGCUCUUUCAGUAGUAGUAGUCCUGCUAGGUGCCUCCAUUUCUUUUCUUGUUUUUUGUGCAACCAGAAGUCAAGGCUAAAAGCUAAAAUUGAGCUUGAUUAGACCCAAUUCCUUAAUCCUCAUCUAAAUGACCAGACUGCUGCAAUCUGCUGUAUUCCCUUCCGCACGCUGUAAUUAUGCACCAUCAUUUGGAAUUGCUUUUGAUAACUGGAAUCACCCCACAAUUUGGAAAUUUGGAAUAAUUGUGCAGAUCCUUUACUCCUUACAAAUCAUUACAUUACCGGGCUUCCUCUGUUAAAACAUCCAGCUAAAAAAGGAUUCUAAUCCUCCAGCAGAUCUAAAUAUUGAUUACACAUUUCUGUCACUUAAGAAUUGCUUAGCCAGUUUACAAUAUAGUCCAUUAUUAAAGAAUAAUAAGCUUUAGGAUGCACUAACCCAGGCAUUAGUUAAGGUGUUUGCUCUAAUAAGGAAGCUUUUGCUACUAGACUAUUGGUUAUUAUGUAACUAUUCCAGUAGAUACCCAGUGUAUAGUACUGUUCAAGACAGAGACCAUUCCUGGUUCAUUUCAUUUCAAAGCAUGGACUGACUACGUAGAGAAAAUUUUGACAUUACAUGAAGUUGUUGAGGCUUCUGUGUAAUUUUCUAUUAAUGGUAUGUUUUCUGUUUGUCUUUCUUUGGUGCUGAAGUGUGAGUGACUUGUACUUAAUGGCCAUUUUGAAUGGAAAAUACGUGAGUGAAGGGUGGCAUCGUAUUUUUCCACAGUACUGUAGGUUCAAGGUUGGUGUAGCAGUAUCUCAAGUGAACCGAUUUUUUCCCCUCAGAUAACCCUACAUAUUUAUGUUAUAACCUUGAUGUUGAGUCAAAUGUCUAUAAGUGACUUUGUUGGAUCCAUACCUAAGUCAGUACUACAUCUUUAGUCUUUAACCAACCUCAGCAGGCUGCUAUGGUAACACUAGAGGGCAGCACAGUAUUCAUGUUUGCUGUCCUGUGCUUUUGUGUGUUUACCUUCAUGCAUGUUUAAUGAACAUAAAAUAGGCUUAAGGAUAAGAGUAUUAAAACUCCCCAUCACUUAAUGCCAUCUCAUCUCAUUAACAGGCAGGUAAAGUAAUGAUCCAUUACAUGAUUAUGAGGCAGGUCUAGCUCAGAGAUCUUCCUCUGAGGGGAGUGCAGUUAGUGAUCCCCACAAUUGCAAUCAAGGUGUUUAAUAAAUGUGCCAGACAGCUGAUGACAAAUUAGUAUGUUUGUGGUUCAGCUAUGCUAAUAGGAGAAUUAUAAUAACAUUCUCAGGGACGCCUCAGUUUGUUCUGAAACUUUUACAUUUAUUUAUGAAUAAAAGUGAAGUAAAAAUCAGAAUAUUGAAUUUAAAUUUCACUGCCUGUUUGGUCAUGCUUGCACAUAAAUGUCAGGUUAGUAAGUCUUCUCACUGGGGAAACCUGCAAAGCGUUUUCCUUAGAAAGAGGAGUGCUUGUUUAGUGCAGGUACUAUUCGGGUUUGCAAUAAAAAGGGCAGGAAAAUGGCAAGUUUAGACUGACCACUAGUCACUGUCACUACUUAGUACAUACAGUGAUUAAAGAGGGACAGUUAUUUACACAAGGAAGAUUUUGAGUUAAAAGGUUAACCAAAAUCUAUAGUACAGGUCCACAUUUUCAUAUAUUUUUCAUGUAUUUUUUAAAAAAACAUUUAUUUGACAUAGUUACACAGAAGCAUCAACAGCUAAAUAUAUAUUUUUCAGUAUUUAAGUAUGUCCACCCAUUGCCUUUAUUGUAGCUUCUGUUCUUUUCAGAAGGCUUGCUUUUGAUUUUUCAAAUAAAUAGACAUUUUUUCACACUUCAAAGCU